AUGUUUCACAUUCUCUCUCUUCUGUCGCUUGCGACUGUGGUUCUCUCAUCUCCUUUGCCCACCCCGGCGCCGGUCGCCACUCCUGUCAAGCGGGAUUCAAGCUGUACUUUCUCGGGUGCCAGCGGCGCUGCGGCGGCGUCUGCUUCUCAAGGCUCGUGUUCGACCAUUGUUCUAUCCAAUGUAGCUGUGCCCUCCGGCACGACUCUCGAUCUGUCCGACUUGAAUGAUGGCACGACCGUCAUCUUCGAAGGUGAGACAACGUGGGGCUACGAAGAAUGGGAAGGGCCCCUCCUCCAAAUCAAGGGCAACCAGAUCACCGUCGAAGGUGCUGAAGGUGCUACCUUGAACGGAGACGGCGCUCGCUGGUGGGAUGGCGAGGGCAGCAACGGCGGCAAAACCAAGCCCAAGUUCUUCUACGCUCACUCUUUGAGCGACUCCGUCAUCGACAACUUGCACAUCCUCAACACGCCUGUCCAAGCCGUCAGUAUAAAUACUUGUGAUGGGUUGAAGGUUAGGAACAUGACCAUCGACAACUCUGAUGGGGACUCGCAAGGCGGCCACAACACGGAUGGUUUCGAUAUUGGCGAGUCGAGCAACGUUACUAUCAGGCAUGCCAAAGUGUACAACCAGGACGACUGCGUUGCGGUCAACAGUGGGACGGACAUCAUCUUCGGCGGCGGACUCUGUUCUGGCGGUCAUGGACUCUCGAUUGGCUCUGUUGGCGGCCGUGAUGACAACACUGUGGAAAAUGUCAAGUUUACGAGGUCGACUGUGACCAAGUCGGUCAAUGGCAUCCGCAUCAAAGCCAGUGCCGGCGACACUGGAACGAUCAAGGGGGUCACCUACAACGAUAUCACGUUGUCUGAUAUCACUGGAUACGGCAUCCUGAUCGAGCAGAACUACGACGGCGGCGACCUUCAUGGCGACCCAGAUACUGGCAUUCCAAUCACCGACCUGACAGUCUCAGACAUCCAUGGAGACGGAGGUAUUGACAGUGAUGCAUACAACGUUGUGGUUGUGUGCGGCGAUGGUUCCUGCUCCGACUGGACCUGGACCGAUGUCAAUGUUACUGGAGGUGAGGAUUACAGCGAGUGCCAGAACGUCCCCAGCACACCAGGCAGCUGCUCGACUUGA